AUGUCUCGCAAAGCCGAACCCUCGGACGCCGGUUCUUUCGCCGGUGCCACCUUCACCUCUGAUCGCCUCAACGAGCUCCACAUCAAAGACCACGUUCCCGUCGUCCUCGACCUCGACUCACCAUCAUACAACGCAUGGCGCACCUACUUCCCGCUCCUCUUCCGUUCCUACCGCCUCAUCGAGCAUGUUGACGGUAGCGUCGACAUCCGCGACAUGAAGGACAACGACGAGUGGCUUGCUGUGGAUGCCUGCAUCGUCAAGUGGCUUUUUCUCACCAUCUCUCCAGGUCUCUUCAACAUGGUGAACUCACGUGACCCGUCGGCGUAUGCCAUGUGGACACGGUUGUGCGACCUCUUCCUCGACAAUCAACUCCAGCGCCGCGUUUUCCUCCACGGGGAUUUCUUCACCAUGCAGCAAAACGAUCUUUCGAUCGACGAGUACUGCACGCGGAUGAAGGUUCUCGCCGACAAGCUACGCGACGUCGGCAUGGUCAUCGACGACUCCGUCCUCCUCACCAACCUCCUUCGUGGCCUCCACCCCGACCUUGGCCAACCCGACGCCAACCCCUCCCUCAUCACGCCGACAUACGCCAAGGCGGUGACGUAUCUUCGCAUGGAGGAGAAGCGUCUUCGUCACGCGGCCCGGCAAGCGCCUCUCGCCGCGCUCCAUGCCGGCACCGUGAAGGGCCCCGCCGCCCUCCCGCAGCCUCCACGCGUGCCGGCUCCACAGCCGCCCGCCGCCCCGGACCAGGGCCGCCAGAAGAGACGGGGAGGUCACGACGGCCGCGGCCGCAACGGCGGUUCUCAGCCCCGCCAAGCGGCUUCCCCCCGCUCCUGCCCAGGCUGCGGCGCCACCGCCCUGGCUCACGGGGCCUUCUUGGCCACGCCGGGUGGCUCCGGACAAGGCAGUUCUUCGGUGUACAGUGGGACCGUGGCCCACGGCGCCGCCAUGUCGCCCCCCUACGGUGCUGCACCCACCGGCUACACCUACGACCCGGCGCUCCUAGCCGCCCCUACCCCAAGCAACUACUCCGGCGGCGGGGACUGGUACAUGGACACACGAGUUGCUGCUCAUAUGGCAUCGCACUCGGGAUGCGCACUCCCGGAAGGUUCUGCACCGAUGUGA